AUGGCUUCACUGCGCUCUCUGCUUCGUCGAAAGCCCCAAGCUACGCUGCGUAAAAUCAGCACGACCUGUCGUGGGAAACCCAUCAGUGAGGAUGGAAUAUAUCACUACACCAAUGGCCGUUUUCUCGUAAACGAACACUACCAAUGUCAGCGGCGCUAUCUCAAGUUCAAUCUUGCCGAACUCUGCAAUGUUGCCUCUACGCUUGGCUCUCAGCAAUCCCCCAUCAUUGCCGUUGAUAAGUUAGAGGGCGGCUUCUGCAAAGCCCUGAUUAUGAAGAGAGAGGACGGGACAAAGCUUGUUGCAAAGUUACCUACCAAAAUUGCAGGCCCGCCAGGCCUAUUGACGGCCUCGGAGGUUGCCACGCUGAAAUACGUCAAACAACAUACGUCGAUACCUGUUCCUGUAGUGCUUUCUUGGGAUUGUGAUCCUUCCAACAAAGUCGGCAGUGAGUAUAUCAUCAUGGAAAAAGCUCCUGGGGUUCAGCUCUACGAAAGGUGGGCCGAUAUGACUGGUGAAUCGAAGAUUGCUCUGGUUAACAACCUGGUCCGUUUGGAGAGCCAGCUUGCGUCCAUUCAGUUCCCCGAAUUUGGAAGCCUAUUCCUUCGGGACUUGGAUGACACUACGAUGAAAGGCCAUAGCCUCCGGCCACUCCCUGCAACCAUAGAUCCUACUCACUCCUACUGUAUCGGGCCGUCAGUGGAUCGUUCGUGGUAUAUCAAUGCACAGCAAGAUGUCUCACAGCCUACUUUUAGGAAAGGUCCUUGGUCUUCCCUGUCUGAUUAUGGCUGCAACCUUGCGAAAAGAGAAAUCGCAAAGCUUUUCCGCCAGCGAAGGACGGACGAUCGCCCAUAUCGCCGCCGUAGUUCUGAAGAAGAAGCUAAUGACCUUCUCCCUGCUAUGAAGCUCGUGGAACUGCUGGAGUCUCGUCACACCGAACUCAGUUCGCUCUCAAGACCUAUCCUCUGGCAUACAGAUCUACAUUUGGGUAACAUAUAUGUUGCUGACAAUGACCCUACCCAGAUCGUAUCUAUCAUCGACUGGCAAUCAAUAGGCAUGAAGACUAUAUCUUCGGCGUCGUGA